CCGGGGUCCCGGAGGAGGAGAUGAAUGUGGAACAGCAACCAACGGCAACACAAUGGCUCAGCUGCGGGUGCUGCAGGCUCUGGACGUGGCGAGGACGCAGCUGUACCACUUCACGGCGAUCGUGAUCGCCGGAAUGGGCUUCUUCACUGACGCCUACGACCUAUUCACCAUCUCCCUCGUCGCCGACCUCAUCGGCUACAAGUACUAUGCCGGCCGGCAUGACAAGUACCUCAGCGUCUCUGCUGCCAUCAGCAGCAUCGCGCUGUGCGGCACCGUCCCGGGGCAGCUCCUCUUCGGCUGGCUGGGCGACAAAAUGGGGCGGAAGCGCAUCUACGGCGUCACGCUCAUCAUCAUGGUCUUCUGCUCCCUCGCUUCGGGUUUCUCCUUCAGCAAGCGCACCGGCGCCAGCGUCGUCACCGUGCUCUGCUUCUUCCGCUUCUGGCUCGGCUUCAGCAUCGGCGGUGACUACCCCCUGUCAGCAACCAUCAUGUCUGAGUACGCCAACAAACGCACCCGCGGCACCUUCAUCGCUGCCGUCUUCGCCAUGCAGGGGUUUGGUAACCUUGCUGCUGGGAUCGUGGGCAUGAUCGCCUCAGCAGCCUUCUUGAACUCGUCACCCGACAACGUCGACUAUGUGUGGCGCAUCGUGCUCAUGUUCGGCGCCAUUCCGGCACUGCUCACCUACUACUGGCGCAUGAAGAUGCCGGAGACGGCGCGCUACACCGCACUCGUUGCCAAGAAUGCCAAGAUGGCGGCGGCAGACAUGUCCACCGUCCUCAACAUGCACAUCGUCCCCGAGGAAGAAGCCGUUGACGAGCUCCCCGCUAGGGAGGAGGACCAGUACGGCCUCUUCUCCACUGAGUUCCUCCACCGCCAUGGCCUCCACCUACUCGGCACCACCGUGUGCUGGUUUGUCCUAGACGUCAGCUUCUACUCGCUCAACAUCUUCAUGAAGGACAUCUUCACCAUAGUCGAUCUGGUUCCCGAUAUAGCUGAAGCAGACAAUAACCCACUCAGGCGGAUGAUCAACAUCACCGGACUGCACACCCUCAUCGCGCUCGCCGGCUCGCUGCCAGGGUACUUCUUCGCCGUCGUGCUCGUUGACCGCAUCGGCCGUGUCAAGAUCCAGCUGCUCGGGUUCGCCAUGAUGGCCGCCUUGACACUCGGCCUCGCCAUCCCUUACGAUAGUUGGCGGGAGCACAAGAACAAAAAAGGCUUUGCCAUCAUGUAUGCCUUGAUCUUCUUCUUCGCUAACUUCGGUCCCAACACCACAACUUUCAUCCUCCCAGCAGAGCUCUUCCCAGCACGGCUCCGGUCCACGUGCCAUGGCAUAUCGGGAGCCGUCGGGAAGAUUGGCGCCAUCCUCGGUGUGUUCGCCUUCUCUUUCAUGGAAAAGGCGAAGUUCAAGACCUUGUUGUUUGUCCUUGUUGGGUGCAAUCUGGUCGGGCUUGUCUUCACUCUCCUCUUGCCAGAGACGAACGGGAAAUCCCUCGAGGAGAUCACCGGAGAAAUGGAAGAAAGUCAGCCUCCGGAUGAUGAAGCUGCAGUAGCUGCACCUCAUCACGACAUACGCACCGUGCCUAUUUAACCGCUGUUUCUGAAUAUGUGCUAUUGCUUUCCUUUUAAAUGUCUUCUUCAGACUUUCCUGGGUGUGUGUAUAUCUGUUACAUUGAUUCAUUAAAAUAUUAUGAAUUUGUGAUUUCCGGAAUGAAUUAAGAGUUUUUGAACA